UCCGGGGAAACAUGGAGGACACCACUGGCAGUAAUCCCCAAUCUCUCGGAUUCACGGAGAAACUGAAAUCUUGGCUCUCUUGGUCAUGGACUUAUGUGUGCUUCAUAUGGUUCGGCAUGGUGCUAAUUAUGAUAUACGUCCUAUGGAGUCCGCUGAAACUGCAAGAAAGUCUUACCUCAGCUUCAGUGUUUUUGAAUACACUCACACCCAAAUUUUAUGUGGCUUUAACUGGAACCUCCUCUCUCAUCUCCGGGCUCAUCCUUAUAUUUGAGUGGUGGUAUUUUCGGAAAUAUGGAACUUCCUUCAUCGAACAAGUGUCCGUGAGCCACCUGCGUCCUCUGCUGGGUGGAGUGGAAAGCAGCUCUACGACUGCUUUGUUCUCUUCAGUUAACGGAGAAGCAGAGCCUAGACCUAGUGUCUCUGAAUGCAAGGUUUGGAGGAAUCCUUUAAAUCUUUUUAGAGGAGCAGAAUACAACAGGUACACCUGGGUGACCGGGAAAGAGCCUUUAACUUACUAUGAUAUGAAUUUAUCUGCUCAAGAUCAUCAGACCUUCUUUACAGGAGACACACAACAGUUAAGGCCAGAGGAUGCUGUGAUGCAGAAGGCUUGGAGAGAGAGAAAUCCUCAAGCUAGGAUCAGAGCAGCUUACCAGGCCAUUGAAAUAAACCACGAAUGUGCUGCAGCAUAUGUGCUUCUAGCAGAGGAAGAAGCCACAACCAUCACAGAAGCUGAGCGCCUUUUUAAAAAAGCAUUAAUUAUUGCUGGGAAAGAUAUCAACUUACUGGUGUACAUUAAACGCAGACUGGCAAUGUGUGCACGCAAGCUGGGACGUAUCAAAGAAGCAGUGAAAAUGAUGAGAGAUUUAAUGAAAGAGUUCCCAUUGUUGGGAAUGUUAAAUAUACACGAAAACCUGUUGGAGGCGCUUCUGGAGCUGCAGGCAUAUGCUGAUGUUCAAGCAGUCCUUGCAAAAUAUGAUGACAUCAGCUUGCCAAAAUCAGCCACUAUAUGCUAUACAUCUGCACUGUUGAAAGCACGGGCUGUUUCAGAUAAGUUCUCUCCAGAAGCAGCAUCCAGACGGGGGCUAAGCACAGCAGAGAUGAACGCUGUGGAGGCCAUACACAGAGCUGUUGAGUUCAAUCCACACGUGCCAAAGUACUUAUUAGAAAUGAAAAGCCUGAUCCUGCCUCCAGAACACAUCUUGAAGAGGGGUGACAGCGAGGCAGUAGCGUACGCUUUCUUCCACCUGCAGCACUGGAAGCGAGCAGAAGGAGCCUUAAACCUAUUACACUGCACCUGGGAGGGCACCUUCAGAAUAAUUCCGUAUCCACUGGAGAAGGGUCACCUGUUUUACCCUUACCCAGGAUGCACAGAAACAGCAGACAGGGAACUACUGCCCUCGUUCCACGAGGUGUCUGUUUACCCAAAGAAAGAGCUUCCCUUCUUCAUACUCUUCACAGCAGGCCUUUGCUCUUUCACUGCCAUGCUGGCCAUGCUCACACAUCAGUUCCCUGAACUCAUGGGUGUCUUUGCCAAAGCAUUCUUCAGCACACUCUUUGCACCACUGGGCUUCUUUGCAGACAAGAUGGAAAGCUUCAUGCCGUCCAGUUUUUGGCACCAGCUGACUCGGAUCUGACCCCAUCUCCGUCUCACUCACUUGUACACACGAACACGAAUAUCACUCCAAAUUCUCGGACAAAAAGUCUCUGCUCUCCUGUCUUCAGCAUUGCUGUCCACUUGCUGCAUUGUUACUGAUUAUGUUGGCUGAGGUUGUAUCAACACAGCAAAAGCACUUCUAAGAUGCUCUCCCACUCUGUUCCAGCAUCCAGAGUAUUUCCAAGAACACGUUUGGUGAAUACUAUAUGCAACUGCUUUGCAGGGUCAUUCACUUAUCUUGUUGGCAUGGGGAAAUAAAGAAAAAUUUUCAGUACCCCACAAGUCCGACUCUAAAUAUGAGAUUUCCCUUCAUUUAUUAACAGUACAAAAGUAAGCAGUGAAAUCUGCAUGCUGUCAUGGAUGCCCUUAGUGUUGUCAGAUACGUUCUUAGCAAAGCAAUUUACAAAUUUCAAAAAGAGGAUUGCUUUGUGUUCUCUAUCAACCACUAGUGGCCCCCUGAAGUCCAAACCUAAAAAUGUGACGCCCCCUAAAAACAGAACUCUUAUUUACAGGCUCUCAGUGGCUGCAUAAGCCACACCUCUGUAGUGAAGUAGCCGUCUUCUCUGGUAUAUCAAACAUCCUAAAAUUCUAGCAACAAAAUGUGUAAAAACUGACUGAUAAUGUAACAGUUUUCCAUAAACAAAUGCAGCUACUUUAAAUCUGUAUUAAAACCUGUGAAUGUCAAAUUUGUGUUUUUCUGCUCCACAAACAUACAGUGGAAAAUGUAAUAAAAUUAAAUGUUUAAAAUGUUUGAUCCGAUCAAGUGGUACACCACCUAGUGCUAAUUGGCGUACAAUAAUAUUGUGUAGUCAAAUCACCCCAACAAUUUUUUUACCUAAACUGGUUUUAUUUCUUUUAUAACCAUCAAAACGAGGCCACGACAGUGUGGAGCUACUUUUUCCGUCUCUAUGGACAUCAUACCAGCAUCUCUUUACUCCAUACAUAACCACAAAAAAAAAAACAUUAUAGUAUUGAAGUGCCUUUUUAGUACACUAAACAAGAAGUUGGCAUCUGCUGCAAACACAUUUUUGAUGGGAAGUGUAGUCGCAGCUCUUCUUAAUUUGAUUAAAUAAAGGCAUGGCAAAAAGUGCACACAGAAUUGUUUGAUUAUUAGCAUUACCAGAUAUGAAAGUAUCAGUGGGUAAACAUACUUGUAUAAAAUUAGAAAACUGCACUUUGUAAUGGUACAGAAUGUGUGUUAAAUGUUUUCAUUUGGAUAACAAAAGUCAUGUUUAUCUCCUUAAAUGUGGAAAUGUUGCAUCUUACGUGUUUAAUGGAUACCAGUAAUAUUGACAAUGUACAACUGAAUUAAAGGAAUUUAUGCUGAGGACAGGAGAAUGUAUGAACUGUAACCACCCCAUGUGUGGAUUUGACAGCAAAACUUACAAUAAAUUGCUCUUUCAAUUCA